GCUGCCGUCUCUGAAUAGAUCAAUAGAUCAUGCUUCGACCCGACUCCAUUUCAGCCAUCGUCGGCGUCAUGCCUCUCUUGAACUUCCUCCUCUCAUUGUAGCCCCUGGUUUGACUUUGGUUUUAACGCUGAUAUCGUCGCCAUCCUCGCCUUUGUCGUCGCCCAUUUGAUGUCAGCCCUCAUCUGUUGUCCCGUUACGCCAAUUGCUCACUGCUCGGACUUUCGCGAGUUUCUGUAUCACCCGUGCAUCGAAAGCACAGAAACAUCCGUCACGGGUCUAUGAAGAAGAGAUUUCAAAAUGAACAACACAGAUUCUUGGGCAAGUGCCGCCGACAUUACCACCCCCUACACCACCACACCCGAAGAACGACUUGGCCCUCCCGCUCCUUACACCGAUAUUGGCCUCCAGGUCAACCUUUUCUUCAGAGUCUUUCUGGGGAUCCUCGGAAUCCUCAUUCCUCUCGUGCCUGCGAGGCUAUUAUGGAUCAAUGGCGAAUUUUCUGCCACGGUACAUUGCAUGUCGACAGUCACGCUCAACUUCUUUUACGUCGUCAACUCGCUCAUAUGGCGAGACAACAACGUCAAGAAGUGGUAUGCUGGCUAUGGGUGGUGUGAUUUCCAUACUUACGUCUUCUUUGCGGUCGAAACCAUCUUUCACACCACUCUCUUCGACAUCAUGCUCGGUCUUGCCAACAAGAUUGGUAACCCGCGAGUCACCAGCCUCAGUCCUAAGGAAAAGAAACGCAAGGACCGAAUUUCGGCCCUCAUCAUCUUCGGAAAUCCGUUGUUACAGGUCUUGCUCACGUACUUCAUCAUCACGCAACGGUACGACAUCUUAACCCUUGCCGGUUGCAAUGCCGUCUUUGAUCCCAAUGGCGUCUUCUUUGUUUUCUUCAUUCUCCCCUCGCCAGUCUUCACGGUUGGGGCAGCAGGCUUGGCAGUUGUGCCGAUUGUUUGCGUCUUCUUCGUCUUCAACCUCAUUCAGGGUUGGCCGUGGACGCUGCCGUUCGACCUCCAUCGCAUUCACGCCAACAUCAACUUUGUCUCGUUCACAACGACGGAAAGAAUGCAAGUCUCCACAGUCCUUACCAAUUAUGUUCCAGUGGUGAGCUCGGUGGCCAUUUGCAUCACCUUCGGUACAACAGUUGAGGCAUAUAACCAAUAUCGCUUGGUUCUCGUUUUUCUUGGCUUAGGAAAGAUUUGGCCCAAGCUGUAUCAAGAAUAUGACCCCGAUGAGUCUGAACCACCAUCUGAGCUUAGUACGCAAACAAGUUCGCAAUCGUGGUGGUCAUCCAUGACGAAAAACGGCAAAAGGGGUACAGUCACAAGCUAUAGUGGAAACGACUUCUCUAUCCUUCCUACUACUGAGGACAUACCCCUCACAAACCGACCAAAACCUGCACAAACUAUGGGUGAAGGCUCUCAUACCGUUCCACGUUCUCCAUAUGAUGAAUUCAGAAAAGAGUUCUCGGACUUGUACCCUAGCCAGUCCUCACCCACAGCAAAUGUCAACCGUAAUCCCUGGCCCGAUUUGUCAGAUGAUCCCUCCCCUCCAGCGCGCAACCCAUGGUAUCUCCGACCGAAUGCUUUCCACGUCCCCAUCACAUUGCCAAUGCCACUGUCACCCAUUUACAUACCAUCCCUGCACGCGGGUCUAGCAAAGAACACGGAGGGAAAGCAGAAACGGACGACUAUCAACAAGCUUUCUCAAGGCUACACCACACUCAGCAGCUCCUCCACAACAAUCCUACCGCCUUCGAAUUCACCUACCUGCCCUCUUCCGCCGAUUCCAACCCCCACAUUCUCCUCAAGACAUUCACCACAGGAGGGGCGAUAUCGGGCGACGAGAAAGGCACAAAAACAAAAAGAACCAGAUACGCUAAAUAGCACAGGCAACGGGACACUCAAGAACCCAUUGAUGCCAGCGGCACCAUGGAGUCCCUUUGCUUCCAGCCACACCAACACUACCCUAGGAGUUGACACACGCGUGUGGUCCCAGAAGGACAAAGACGACUCUGCGGGCCAUGCCCAAGACUCGCCAAUCUCCCAUUCUUCUCGUGCAACCACAGGACCUCCUCAGCUUUCACCGCCGCCAUCAUACAGUGUCGCUGUCGGCCAAGAAUCCUCCUUUGCUUCCGCUUCCGAUCGAUCGACGGGACUCGGAAUCAGUUCGCCUGAAAAUCAACAGAUUGGGACGGCGUUAGGACAUCCACCGAGAGGCGGGGUGGUCAGGGUUGAGACCCAUAUAGCGAGUGAGAUUGAGGUUAUUGGUGGUCCUGGACGUGAUGAUGGGAAUGAUCGUGAUGAUGAUCAACGAAGUGGAAGGGAGUGGUAGGUGAGGGCGUUGGAGGCGCGUUUUUGGAAAACAGAGCGUGGGUUUUGUGGGUUAUGCGUUUGUGUAAUAGUAGGUCAUUUCAGGGCCU